AUGGGGAUGUCUAAAAUUAUCAAAGUUAUUGUCUCUCUGGCUCUCGUGGUGUUCUUGGCUCUUGCAGCAACCAAGACAGAGGCAAAACUCAUGCCACCACAAUGGUUAAAGUAUGAACCCAUUAAAAUUGGAGAUCACAGUUUCGGUUGUGAUAAAGAAAAACACCCUAAAAGCUGCAAGCCGGAACAAGCCAAUCCUUACCACAGAGGAUGCCAUCCAAGCCAACGUUGCCGUCUAGACCAAACAAAGUGA